AUUGCUAGAUCUUUAAAAAAAUAAAAUAAAUCAAAAUUAAAGUAUAGUAAUAUGUCGGAGGAGGAUCAAGGCGUUAGGUCGCAUUCAAGGCGCUGUUCCUUUCAGCCCGUCACCCACUGCAUUUUCGAGUUGGAUGGCCUGCUGAUAGACAGCGAACGUCUGCGAACUGAAUGCGUCCAAAAGAUCCUGGAACCCUAUGGUCACACAUAUAGCUUCGAUGUUAAGAUGCGGUGCAUGGGAAAACCGGACGCCGAGCAGGCCGAACUCAUUGUGAACACUUUCAAUCUGCCCUUCAGUCGCUCUGAGUUCGAGGCUCAACACGAACUUCAAAGUCAUAGUAAAUUGGGUUUUAUCCGGUUAAUGCCAGGUGUGGAGCGCCUUUUGAAGCACCUAGAUGGGUUCAAUGUGCCCAUGGCCAUCGGAUGUGGCAGUUGUCGGGAUUCGUACAGGAUAAAGACACGGCGGCAUUCCCGGCUAUUUGAAGUCUUCCAUCAUGUGGUUUUGAGUGGCUCCGACGAGGAGGUCAAGGAGGGAAAGCCGGCUCCAGAUGUUUUCCUAGCCACAGCCUCUCGUUUCGAGGAUUCCCCGGAGCCGAGCAAAUGCCUCGUCUUCGAGUCUUCGCUGGUGGGAAUGGAGGCAGCACUGGCCGCCGGAAUGCAAGUGGUCCUCGUUCCCGAUCCGCUGGUCUCCAUCCGAGCAAGUGCUCCGGCCACUUUGAGGCUGCGAUCAUUGGAGGGCUUUAAACCGCAAUAUUUUGGACUACCACCUUUGUAGAGUGUUGAAUUAAAUGUGUUUCAUCGAGA